UGAUUGCAAUGAGGUGUUUUGUGGUAGUUGCAGCCGUGGCGGUCGUCGCCGUGACGGCUCAGAGGGCGGCCGACAAUAAGAACUGUAAGAAACCCGACGGUCUCUUCCCACACGACCAGUACUGCGAUUACUACUUCGACUGUCAAAAUGGAGAAGCUAUUCUGCAGGCCUGCCCGAAUGGUCUUGCAUUCGCCGGAAAGAAGAAGGGUCUGCUGGAAAAUUGUGAUUACCCUCACAAAGUGGGAUGCCCUGACGAAGAUAAUCGGGUGAUGGGCCAGAGUCCCGAAAGUUCCGACAACUGUCAUUGGAAGUACGGAAUUUUCGCUCACGCCACGUCUUGCACACGUUACUGGCAGUGCUGGAACGGCACCGCCACCAACCAACAGUGCCCAUUCUCUCUUCUCUAUAACGACGCCGCUCACGCUUGUGACUGGCCUGACAACGUUCCCGACUGCCAGAAGCAUCCCAUCUGCAAGGACGUCGCGAACGGCCCAAUCCCUAUCGAGAAAUCUUGCGCCCGUUAUUGGCUUUGUGUCGGAGGAUAUCCUCGUCUCCAGCGUUGUUCCGCCGGUCUCGCUUUCAAUGCUGAAACCCUUAAGUGCGAAUUGGCCACAACAGUGGCUGGCUGCGAACCUCCUCCAGAGGCGCCCGAAGAGGAUGAGGGAAAACCUCGUCCACCUCCCAGAUCCGAGCCGGCUCAGCCUCGUCCCCAGCGUGGGCCUACCCGUCCUCAGCCGCAACCCCAGCCUCGACCCUCAUCGCGUCCCCUUCAAGUAGCUUCCGUACAGCCCAUCACGAGGCCACAAGCCCUCCCCCAGCCUCAGGCUCCUGUACAACAGGCGAUUCCCGCUUUCCGACCCGUUGCCCAGACUGAGGCUCCUGAAUACGAGUACGAAGAUGAGGAAAUCACUGAGACACCCACCACUCAGAGACCGCGUAGACGAAACCCUCAGUUCGGCUGAGCAUGAGAAGUAGAGG